AUGUUCUUCACCAAAGUUUCAUCUCAGCACUGCAAUCAACUUCACAGCAGACUACAAGAAGCCAACAAAGGAAACAUGGAACUCUUGGGAAGUCAUAUGAGGGCCACCAUUCCCUUCCAAUGUAUUGGAGAUAUUGUAGGCUUCUCACCUCUCAAUGAAGACAAUUUCAGGAACAUGAAUGAAGCAUCCCAGGAAGUGGAUGCCAAAAUAGCCAUACAAGAAAUGCUCCAACAGACAGACCUCAUCUUCAAGCAAAUUCAUGCUGAAUUGUUUUGGGAUGAGAAUUCUCUAAGAAAUUUCCAUGCUGGAUUGGAUCAGCAGAUUAAGGAACUGGAAGCAUGCCAAGAUGCAGAGUUAGGAGCUGGCACCGUAUCGAGUCCAAGGGAUCAGAAACUGCAGCUCACCAGAUUAAGAGUGAAGAGGUAUUUUCAAGGGCUGAAUGAUUUCCUGAAAGAUAAGAAAUACAGCUCCUGUGCCUGGGAGAUUAUCCAGAUCCAACUCAGAGAAUGUUUCCUAUUGAUUCAUCAACUUAUCCAAAGGAUUCCAAUUCAAGGUAUCAAGUAUUUCUUAAACAUUAUUUUUGAUUAG